AUGACCAACAUGUCCAGCAUGUCCAUUGUCCAACAUUUCCAACAUGCCCAACAUGUCCAACAUGCCCAACAUGCCCAACAUGCCCAACAUGCCCAACAUGUCCAGCAUGUCCAUUGUCCAACAUGUCCAACAUGCCCAACAUGUCCAACAUGCCCAACAUGCCCAACAUGUCCAGCAUGUCCAUUGUACAACAUGUUCAACAUGCCCAACAUGCCCAACAUGCCCAACGUGCCCAACAUGCCCAACAUACCCAACAUGCCCAACAUGCCCAACGUGUCCAACAUGUCCAACAUGCCCAACAUGUCCAACAUGCCCAACAUGUCCAACAUGCCCAACAUGCACAAAAAAUGCCCAACGUACCCAACAUGCCCAACAUGCCCAACAUGCCCAACAUGCCCAACAAGCCCAACAUGCCCAACAUGCCCAACAUGCCCAACAUGUCCAACAUGCCCAACAUUAAGUGUACGGAGAAAAGGUGCACCAAAUAUUAAUUACUUGUGA